UCACCAAAAUCUUUUAUUUAGAAACGGAAAAGACUUUCCAGAUUAUCUAGUCUCUUUUUCACAGGGAAAAACAAGACCUGAGGUUUUGAACCAGUUGAUAGGGAUGAUUUGGAGGGGAUUGUUCCUCAGAGAACCACUGCACCACGUAAUCAGAAGUCUCCUCUAGCUUGGAGAUUCUAGGGUUCUCUAUUCACAAGGCUCAGGCCCUCCCAUCAAAAUUAGGUCCCUCCCCCAAUCCCCCAAAUUAUGCCUCUAUAUCUGUUCCAAAACCUAAGGUAAACUCUGUUAGGCUCUCUCUCAGCUUCCAACUCUGUGGUCCCUCUGCCACUUUUUAUGACUGACUAGAAGAGGAAGGAGUUAAGCCUGUCUUCUAUAGUCAGGGCUUGUAGCUCCUCCCUUCUUUGUCCCACCUGCCUAGCAACGCCUGAGCGUCUCUGGCCUGCUUAGGUCAGCAGCCCAAUGGCUUCCACUGCUCCUGGGCUCCCUGUGGCCAGGAAGGUAGUGGUAUACCGGAAUGGAGACUCCUUCUCCCCAGGACGCAGGCUGGUGGUCACCCACCGACGCUUCCCCACCUUCGAGGCAUUUCUUAAUGAGGUGACGGCAGUCAUACAGGCUCCUCUGGCCAUUCGUACCCUCUACACUCCUCAGAGUGGCCACCUUGUCACUGACUUGUCAGAGCUUCAGAGUGGUGGGGAGUAUGUUGCUGCCGGCUUUGAGCGUUUCCAGAAGUUGCCCUAUAUCUAUCCUGGAGGGAAAAAACCAGGAAGAAAAAACAUCAGGUUGCUGGCUCCUCCAAAUCUCCCAAGACCAAAUUACAGAUCUCCUGGAAGGAGGAUUCCAGCCUCAGUUUCCUGCACAAUUCAGGUAUUCAGAAAUGGGGACCUGCUUAGCCCUCCUUUUAGCCUACACCUGCCAGUUACCCCCCAUCAGGACUGGGGAGCAGUGCUGAAGCAACUGACUGAGAAGCUGAAGGGUGGGGCUGUGAGCAGACUCUGCACCCUAGAGGGGGUGCCAGUAUUGGGCAGAGAAUCCCUAGUGAAUGGUGGUUACUAUGUGGCUGUAUCAGAUGAUGAGUAUAAGGCCCUGCCUUACCUGGAACUUCUGGUGCCAAACCCCUCCCUGCCUGGUGGCUUCUGGCACCCACCAAGACUUGAGCCCAGAGCCUAUGGGCAGAAGGCAGGCAGCUUCAGGAUUCCAGUGACCCAGCCUUCUAAGAAGGAAUCAGUUUUCUUUACAAGACCUACAAUGGCCCGACCUCAUCUAAGAAGACGACGCCCCCUUCAGCCUGGAGAAAGGGGUGUGUAUGGUGCAUCCUACACCAGGAGGGAACUGGCAGGUGCCCAGGAAGUACAGGAGGAUGGAACUACUCUAACAGAGGUUCCCUUGGAUCAGAGGGCAGCAGAAAUGGUAGAAGAAGCCUGUUUCUUGGAAAAUGCUGCCUAGGGUAGGUGGUGUGGAACUAAACUUGGAUGCUGCU